CUGAACUUGAAAUCGACAAAGUCACAUACGAUGGACAAGGCUAGAAUCCUGCUUGUGGGCUGCGGCGGUAUUGGCUGCAUUGCCGCCCUGAACCUGGAAUAUGGUGAACGAGCUGCCGUCACUGCCGUCUUGCGCUCCAGCUACCAAAUCGUCAAGGAGUCUGGCUUCACUAUAAACUCUGUCGACCACGGACAAGUUCGUGGGUUCCGACCAACCGAGAUCCUGAACUCCGUGCCUGACGUCUCUCAAGCCGGUGUCACUCCUUUUGACUACAUCAUUUGUGCCACCAAAAACAUGCCGGACAUUGGCCCGCCCAUUGCUGACCUUAUCCGCCCUGCUGUCACUCCAGGUCAUUCUACUAUCUUGCUGCUUCAGAAUGGACUCAAUAUCGAGGUACCCCUGUUCGAAGCCUUCCCCGAGAACGUCAUCCUCUCGGGCAUCAGCAUCUGUGGCUCCUCGGAGCCGGCCACUGGGACAAUCGAACACACACUUCAUGACGAGUUGCGCGUUGGCCCGUUUCGCGACGAGGGCGACGCUGCUGAUCGAGCGAGGGAUUUCGUGGCUCGGUAUAGCGCUGGAGGACGUUGUACCUGUCACUUCGACUCCGAUGUUGCGUUUUCGCGUUGGCGAAAGCUUCUCUACAACGCUGUCUAUAACCCGGUUGGUGCCUUGACGGAUCUUGAUACGGGCGACAUGCAACUUUGCCCUGGACUCGUCGACGAUGUCGUCCGGCCUGCGAUGAAAGAGAUCCAGGCUGCGGCGGCCGCCUACGGACAAGAGAUUCCGGACGAUUCUAUAGAAGCAAUGAUCACGACGGAACCCAUCGAAGCUCAUGUUCCACCAAGUAUGCUUGUCGAUGUGCGAAAGGUCUGUACCCAUACCCCCGUCUCCCUCCCACCCGGCGGUUACAGACAAGCAGAUGCUUACACCUCUCAGGGGCAAUACAUCGAGUUUGAAAACCUCAUUGGUGAGCCUCUCAGGGCUGCUAAAGCUCGUCAAGUCCAGACUCCCAUCUUGCAAAAUCUAUACUCCUUGGCGAGGAGUUAUCAGUGGAAGGUCAAAGCAAAGCGCUCGGCUUGA